CUUGUCAAAUAAACACUGUUUUCGUCAAGAUUAGACUCAAUUUAAAGCCAUGGUGUUGCAUUCGUGAUGGAUAUUUAUUAAGGAUCAUUAUGAGGGAAACUAUACUGGUUAGAUAAUGGGGAUCAAAUGAUGUACAGAACUUCAUACCACAGGGAUGAUAGUGGACAACAGGGCUCUGCCUACAGAUCCUGUCAUGUUGUCACAAUUACCUCCCCUGGCUGUGGAUUCCAUGACACAGAUACAAUUAACAGAAUUUAUCCCACAGCUGGUCACUUUAGUGACAGGUAGACAGCACCCUUUAUUUGGCAAGAGUCAGUAUCGACCAGACUGGUGGCCUCAGGAUGUUUCUUGGUCCUGGCCAGAAUCUGAAGACAUCAAGGAAAGUGAUGAUCUCAAACACAGCAACGACCUCAAAAAGGAUGAGUUAAGAAUAGAAAUGCUACGGAAAAUAGUAACAAGUUGUUACAAGCAUCUGGACCAGGAAAAUUUACUCAGAGCUGCAAGUCUUCCGCAGGAAAACAAGGGCCAGAAACCUCCUGUUACCCGAGUGCUGUUUGAGCAUGAUGGAAACCAGAAUGCUGUUUGUUCUCAGGAAAAUUCUAAAAGCACGGUCUCACAAGUUCCGGCACAAGAGGAAAAUUCCACACAGACUAACAACCCGAUCUGGGUGUGUUUCCUUUGUGCCAAGCAAUUCAGCAAUCAGGAAGACCUAAUGGUCCACCAAGACAAAUGUGAGAAUGAGGAGGAAGAGGAGACAGAGAGGGCAAGACUGUCGAAUGUGUUACCGGUGCAAGGUGUCCAAAGAACUCCGCCCUCUCAGACACCUCCCUCUAAUUUGCCUCCGCAGAUCUUUCCAAUAUCCCAGCCUACCCAUAAGGUCUCCACACAUGUGAACCAAUCCCGUGUGAUUCCCACUCAUUUGGUCCGGAGGCGAAGGAGACGUUUUAAGCCUGAGAUAUAUAUUCCUCCUCCCAAGGAUGUUUUUAUUAAACAAUUGUACUUAAGGGAGAAACCACGAGAUGAUAGUUCACCAGUUGUCAAGCAGGAACAUGUGGACAGUGACUGUGAAAUCAUUGAUGUAGAGAUGGUCACUACACCGGUAACACCUCGUACCCCAAAAUCUCUAAUGUCACAGCUGAGCCGUGACACAGAGGGUAGUCACAGAAAACGCCAGCUCAGCUUCUCUGCUCAGCUGGAUCAGAGUGAUUCUGACAGUGGUGGAGAGUCAACAACGAAGGAAACUAAACCUGCUCCCGCCAUCUGCUCUCUACUUCUAAAUAUUGAUCUCUCAUCUCCUCUUGGACACAGAGUGAAAAAACAACUCAAAAUUGAUAACACUAUUCCCAUCAUCACUAAAGCUGACAUUUACUGUAGGGGAUAUGAGAAAAAUAACUUUUUUGAAAAAUUAAGACAGAGGGAAGUUGCAUAUCCAUGUACAUUUAAAAAGAAAAGGAAACAUGCAGAGUUUUAUCAUAAAAUGAAUUUCUCAAAAGCACAAAGACGUGAGUUUAUGAUUACACAAAUGACUGGUCUAAGUAGAAGGAGUCGUAAACUCCUCAGUCAAAUGGAUCCUUGUAAGGUGGAGUUGGAACACAUGGAUCCAGCUGAAGUUAAGGAGUGGCUGAGGCGUAAACCUAAGCCACUCAUGCCUAAUCAUUACCAGCAGGCGCGGUAUGCUCAGGCCAUGUUUUCAAGGAAUUCUGCCAAUGCCAGACACUUCAGCAAUGAGGUUAUACAAAGGGCCAUUUCAAAGCCUCUGUGUGGACCCCUUUCAGCCAAGAUCCGUCAUAUGAACCAAAGUUUAGCCUCACUUUCAAAGAUGGGCCCUAUUCCAAGGUCAUAUAUGAUCACCCAGGUUGUGAAGAAUCCUGACGGUUCAGAGACCAUGAGGAUGGUACAUGACCAGAACUCAGUUUAUCGCCCAGUCUAUAGGUCCCAAGCUGCUGCUGCUAGUCGCAGAAAGCAGAAUUUUGUGAGUGAGAGACUUGAGCGAUCAAAUAAUGAAAUAGAGAUCAUAGACUUGUCUUCAUCAGACGAGGAAAAAGAACCUGUGAAACAAGAUGUCCGAAAACCUGUCAAAGCAAUCCAUAGAACCAAUAUACUAUCUAAAGUAUUCAAACCGUCUGGGUCAUUCCAGCCUCGUCCCUCUAGUAGUGGAUUACAGAAUAACCUGGCACUAAACAGACCACAUCCAUAUGUUCAUAUCCCAGUAUCUAAUCCAAAGGGAUUUAGUAUUCAUUCCUCACCUCCAGGAGGUCGCACAUGUAAAGAGCUUCAGCAAAGACCUAUGGCAGUUGGGGGGACUCAUGUAGCAGAGUUUGGUGAGGCGGGACAGGGAUUAGUGAUGAAGUCACCCAGUCCUGGUCUAAAAAUAAGCUCUGUAUACAGCCUUCAGGACCCCCAGUCAGAACAAGUCAUGGACAAUGCAAACUUUACUACCAUCAGAUACCAGGCUGGCCUACUGGCUCCUGCUGGGCCUAGACCACCUCUCUCUAGGCCUCAGGGGAUCAGACCACAGAUAAAUAACCCAAAUGUGAGACAAGGACUCCAGGGACCUCCCAGGAUGGUGAGGGGACCCAGGCCAGAGCCUGUUAAAACCUCCGUCCAAAAAAUGGAGGUGACCGGUAAAAACAAUGAUACAGAGAUGGUGGAUGUCAUCUGUAUUGAUGACGAUGAUGAUUAGAUGGCAAGAAAUGGUCAGUGACCAGUUAAGUGUGCAUGAUUGUAUAGCAGAAUUGUGUACAUGUGGUUUCAACUAGAUUUCAUGUCCAUGUGUGGAGAAUAAUGCUGUGUAAUUAAUAUAUCUUGUGUGGUAAAUUGCCCUACAUGAGAAGUUAGAUUUUUGUCAUUCAUGAAAGUUUUGUUUCAGAAUUCCUAUUCCAGAUGUACUAGUCACUAUAAAAACUAUUUUAACUGGUAUUUCUUCUAAGAUUUCUGUAUCAGGCAAUUGGUAAAGCAUAUUGAUAGGACAUUUUUCUUGAGUUAUGUUUAAAAAAUUACAAUCCAUUAUGUAUUUCCCUAUUCAGUUUUUAGCUGGUAAUAUGUAUCAGUAUUACAUUACUGUAUAGUGGGAAAUGUUGGCCUCUACAUUAACUUUUCAAUUUGCCUAGUGUUGAAUUUGCACUAGAAAAAUAUUUUUCAAUAACUUCAUAUUUUGGCUAAUCUUUAUAUUCACUGUUAGAAGGGUAAAAACGACACCAGUGAAAGUUUCUCUGUAAACAGUGACAAAUUGAUCAAGCACUAAGCUCAAUCAUAUGACAUUGCAAUUUAUACCAAAAUCGCACAAUGUAUAAUUACAAGGCAUAAUGUCAUAAAAAUAAAGGGUAUGCAGAUUAAAACUACAUCAACAUCAGUCCUAUUACAUAUGUAACAUUUCACUAGAUUUCAGAUUCAACAGUCCAGGUUUAUGAAGCUCAGCAUACUUCUCCUUCACUACCAAAGGCUCCGUGCACUGAUAUAUUUAUUUUUUAACCUUGCAAUAAUCUUAAGAUUGGGAUUAAUUUUUUCAAGUAAAUUGUACAAAGAUCAAUACCAAUCAAUUCAAUGCAAGUUCUUUCACAAAGAAAAGAAUCUAGUGUUUGAUCAUGAUCCAUUAAUUGUUUAUAAGACAAUAAUUAAUAUGCAAAUAAUGCAAAAGUCGAUAUGAUACAUGAAUUUAAUCAUUUUAAAACUAUGUUUAUCACAAAUUAUUUUGAUUUAUACCUCAUCUUACAACUGUAUUCCUACAUGUACCUAUUCUAGUUGGGAGAUUUACGUACCUCCAUAACAUCUUUUUAGAAGGGACAUAUUUUGUGUACUUUUUGUUAUGAUCAGUAUAAUUAUGUAAUUUUCAUUAUUAUGUGCCAAUUUGGAGUGUAAGUGUGUAUGUCUUUAAAUAAGUCACAGCACAAUAAUGCUAAAAUUGGCUUUAGAUGAAAAUGAAAUAGAAAUGUCAAAUUUAAUCUUUCUGUUUUUUAUACAAAUAUAGAAUGCUUUGAAUAUGUUAAAUGUACAGUAAUUGUUUUGAUGGAGGCAACUUGUUCCCUGAUCACAAUAUUACCUAGAUGUAGUAGAACGUGCUAAAAGUAAAGAAUAUGAAGUGUUCUCUGAUCAUAAAAUCUCCUGCCCUGUUGAUUAACAUUUAAUUACUCCACUUAUCAUGUUGAUAACAAGUUGUUUUCCUUCUUUUAUUGUAUUUCCUUUACAAGAUAUGUUUUAAGUCAGUCCUUUGACCCUAGCUAGUAGGACCUGUUGCUCCUGUCACAUUAAAGGAUGUGUCACCUGUCAUUAUAAUGGGAUGUGUCACUUAUGUCAUAGUAACAGGAUGUAUCACUACUGUCAUCAUAAGAGGAUGUGUCUCCUGUCGUUCUAACAGGCUGUGUCACUACUGUCAUCCAAACAGGAUGUGUCAACUGUCAUAGUAUCAGGAUGUGUCACUCCUGUCAUCAUAAGAGGAUUUGACACCUGUCGUUCUAACAGGCCGUGUCACUACUGUCAUCCUAUCAGGAUGUGUCACUCCUGUCAUCAUAAGAGGAUGUGUCACCUGUCGUUCUAACAGGCCGUGUCACUACUGUAAUCCUAUCAGGAUGUGUCACUCCUGUCAUCCAAACAGGUUGUGUCAUCUGUCAUUAUAAUGGGAUGCGUCACUUCUGUCAUAGUAACAGGAUGUGUCACUCCUGUCAUCAUAAGAGGAUGUGUCACGUAUUGUUCUAACAGGCUGUGUCACUACCGUCAUCCUAGCAGGAUGUGUAACUCCUGUAAACCUAGCACGAUGUGUAACUCCUGUCAUCCUAGCAGGAUGUGUCACUCCUGUCAUCCUCUCAGGAUGUGUAACUCCUGUCAUCCUAGCAGGAUGUGUCACUACUGUCAUCCUAGCAGAUGUCACUAUUGUCAUCCUAACAGGAUGUGUCACUCCUGUCAUCCAAACAGGAUGUGCCAUCUGUCAUUGUAACAGGGUGUGUCACUCCUUAUAUCAUAAGAGGAGGUUCCAUUUGUCAUUCUAACAGGAUGUGUCACUACUGUCUUUCUGUGGGGAUGUGUCACUACUGUCAUCAUAACAGUAUGUCACUCCCGUCAUAGUAAGAGGGUGCGUUACACAAGUCAUCAAAACAGUAGGUGUUAAUUCUGUCAAAGUAACAGGUAGCAUUUUCCUUAAAUGUUUUAAUAUCUGCAGAUCUGCCUAGAUUAAUCCCAUGAAUUUUACCUUUAAGUGCAGAUGCUUGCUAGCUUAAACAAAAAGACUCCUGCUUGUUUUAACUUACUUUAUCAUUGAUUUCCUCCUCAUCAAUGUUUAUAAGUUGUAUUUGAAAUAUUUUGCCAAAUCUAUGUACUAAGCAACCAAAUUUAGUGUUUAAGUUAAUUGUAGUGUGUUCAAAUUGAAUCCUGACAAAAUUAGAUAUUUGCAAAGACGAAUUUAGAAACUGAGCAAUAAUUAAUGGUUUGACUAUAAAUUUUGUAUAUAUCUAUAACUUGUCCAGUAUAUGUUAAAGUUGAUGUGAAGAUUUCUUGAGGCCAUCCUAAUGUUUUUGUAAAAGAUUUUGUUAUUGUAUUUGAGCGGGUUUCCACAUAAUGAAAAUAGCUAAAAAUAAUGGAUGAUCUGACAACAUCACAAUCACAGUCUUUGGAAAUGUCAUUAGUAUCAGUAGCGCAGCAUUCCAAUAUCAACAGCAUCUGACUAAGGAAAUACCUAGAUGUUGUAUGGCAGAAGAAUUUAUCUGUUUACCGGUAUUUAUCCUCUGUAUAUAUGUAGCUAGAUAGUGGUAUAUCUUGUGCAAGUAGAAUUAUGUUUGUCAAAUGAAGUGUACUGUACAUUAAUAGUAAUUACAUUUAAAUCAUCUUUACCUAAAUGGUAAUGAAUUGUCGUGCCAGACUAGUAUACUGAUAAUGGUAUAAUAAAAUCACCCUGUACCUAAAUGGUGAUAUAUGGUCGUACAUGACCAGUAUACUGAUCGUGGUAUAAUAUAAUCACCCUGUACCUAAAUGGUGAUAUAUGGUCGUACAUGACCAGUAUACUGAUCGUGGUAUAAUAAAAUCACCCUGUACCUAAAUGGUGAUAUAUGGUCAUACAUGACUUGUAUACUGAUCGUGGUAUAAUAAAAUCACCCUGUACCUAAAUGGUGAUAUAUGGUCGUACAUGACUUGUAUACCGAUAAUGGUGUAAUAAAAUCACCCUGUAUCUAAAUGGUGAUAUAUGGUCGUACAUGACUAGUAUACUGAUCGUGGUAAAAUAAAAUCACCCUGUACCUAAAUGGUGAUAUAUGGUCGUACAUGACUAGUAUACUGAUCGUGGUAUAAUAUAAUCACCCUGUACCUAAAUGGUUAUAUAUGGUCGUACAUGACUAGUAUACUGAUCGUGGUAUAAUAUAAUCACCCUGUACCUAAAUGGUGAUAUAUGGUCGUACAUGACUAGUAUACUGAUCGUGGUAUAAUAAAAUCACCCUGUACCUAAAUGGUUAUAUAUGGUCGUACAUGACUAGUAUACUGAUCGUGGUAUAAUAAAAUCACCCUGUACCUAAAUGGUGAUAUAUGGUCGUACAUGACUAGUAUACUGAUCGUGGUAUAAUAAAAUCACCCUGUACCUAAAUGGUUAUAUAUGGUCGUACAUGACUAGUAUACUGAUCGUGGUAUAAUAAAAUCACCCUGUACCUAAAUGGUGAUAUAUGGUCGUACAUGACUAGUAUACUGAUCGUGGUAUAAUAAAAUCACCCUGUACCUAAAUGGUGAUAUAUGGUCGUACAUGACUAGUAUACUGAUCGUGGUAUAAUAAAAUCACCCUGUACCUAAAUGGUGAUAUAUGGUCGUACAUGACUAGUAUACUGAUCGUGGUAUAAUAAAAUCACCCGGUACCUAAAUGGUGAUAUAUGGUCGUAUA